CGGGGGGGGACACCGGGCUCCACCCGGGCCGGGCCACCCGCCGUAUCCGCCCCCGCAGCAGGGGGCGCCCCAGCCCGGCGGAGGCUCCGUGUGUCCGCCCCUCCCCGGGGGAGCCCCUGGCCGGGGCCUGCGCCCUGGGGCGGGGAUGAGCCCGCAGGAGGCCGCCCGCUAGCCCGGCUCCCCCGCCGCAUGGACAGCGCCGUCCGCCCGGCCCCGCGCUCCUGGUCGCCGCCUGCCCAUGGCGCCGGGCGGUAGCGGCCGGGGCCUCGUCCCGCAGCUGGCCCGGGCCGGGAGCGGCGCUGAGGCCGCGCCAUGACCAUGAGAUCCACCGUCUUCAAGGCGGCCGCGGCCACGGCGCUGAACGCGGACAGGCUGGACUACGAGAGGCCGGGGCUGGCGCUGGAGCCGGGCCCGGAGGAGGAGCCGCCCGGGGAGGCCGCCCCGCUCCACCGCCAGCCGCCCCGCAAGCCCAAGGAGCCGCCCCCGCUGGGGGGACACAAGGGCCGCGGCGGGGGCAGCGGCGGCGGCGGGGGCAGCGUGCCGGCGGCGGCCGGGGCGCCCGGGCAGCAGGAGGAGAGCUGGGGCGGCCUGGUGCCCCUGCCCUGCCCCCCGGCCAGCAGCAAGCAGGCCGGCGUGGGGGAUGCCAGCAGCAGGCCCAAGUACCAGGCGGUGCUGCCCGGACACACCGCCUCCCAGGUGGCGGCGAAGGACAAGGGCUGCCCGGCCGCGGCCAGCGCGCCGCCCCCGGCCCCGCCGGCCUCGGCCACCGCGGAGCCGGGCCAGCCGCCUCCCGCAGCGGCCGCCUCGGCCUCGGAGAGCAAGUGGAAGGGCGGCGUGCGGAAGAGCCCCAUGGGGGCCGGCGGGGGCUCCUCGAACCAGGCGGCCUGCCUCAAGCAGAUCCUCCUGCUCCAGCUGGACCUGAUCGAGCAGCAGCAGCAGCAACUGCAGGCCAAGGAGAAGGAGAUCGAGGAGCUCAAGGCCGAGAGGGACACGCUCCUAGCUCGGAUUGAGCGCAUGGAAAGGAGGAUGCAGCUGGUGAAGAAGGAUAAUGAGAGAGAGAAACACAGGAUUUUUCAAGGGUAUGAAACCGAAGAGAAGGCUGAAUCCGAAGCGUCUGAGAAACUACAGAUUGAAUGCCAGCAGGAUCUCUUGGACACGUCCCAGCCCCUGCCUCCGAAACACUUCUCAUAUGGAAGAAAUGGAAAGGGACAUAAAAGGAAGUCGGCAUUCGGAAGUGCAGAGAGGAAAACUCCAGUUAAAAAGCUGGUGGCCGAAUUUUCAAAAGUCAAGAGUAAAACUCUGAAACACUCUCCAGUGAAAGAGGAGCCGAGUAGCUCUUUAUCCGAAACUGUUUGCAAACGUGAACUGAGGAGUCAAGAGACUCCAGAAAAAGCCAGAUCGCUAGUGGACACUCCCUUAAAACCAUCCACCCCAUUGAAAAGUCCCAGUGCCCACCCCAGGGAUAAAAGUUUCCCCAGCGAGACAGAAGAUCUGCCGUACCUUUCAACUACCGAAAUGUACUUGUGUCGUUGGCAUCAACCUCCCCCGUCACCGUUGCCGUUACGAGAACCCUCUCCAAAGAAGGAGGAGACUGUAGCAAUUCCUUCAUGGAGGGACCAUGCUGUGGAGCCCCUGAGAGACUCAAAUCCUUCAGAUCUCUUGGAGAAUCUAGACGACAGUGUAUUUGCCAAAAGGCACGCGAAGCUGGAGCUGGAUGAGAAGAGAAGGAAAAGGUGGGAUAUUCAGAGGAUCAGGGAACAAAGAAUUCUACAGCGACUGCAGCUCAGAAUGUAUAAAAAGAAAGGAAUCCAGGAAUCUGAGCCUGAAGUUACCUCAUUUUUCCCUGAGCCAGAUGAUGUUGAAAGCUUGCUGAUUACCCCCUACUUGCCUGUUGUAGCAUUUGGCCGACCGUUACCAAAACUAACUCCACAGAACUUUGAGCUGCCGUGGCUGGACGAACGAAGCCGCUGUCGGCUGGAGAUGCAGAAGAAGCAGACGCCUCACCGAACAUGCAGAAAGUAGCUGCGCGGGUAGCGUUGCGAUGGGCGUAGCGCGCCAUUGGCAACGGGCGGCGAGGAACUGUUUGUUAUUCGGUCCCAUGAAUCUUUAUCCUCGUGGAUAUUCUUAUUCACUGAUGUUUUUCUCCAUGCCUCUGUAUUUUUCCUGUUUUUCACAAAAACUCUUUACCUGGCUGAUUAACUGUGGUUUAUUUAUUUCUCCCCCCGCUCCCGCUUUCCUUAUCAGCAAGUUCUCAAGCUUUAUGCUGGAACAGCAGGGCUGGAAGCUAAGAGACACCUUUUGCUCUCUGCCUGAGCUUCAUCAGCUGCUGUGGCCACUACACUUCAUAAGAGGCCUUGUGGAGGUUGGGAAGCCUAAAAACAGGCCUGCCUUGCGACCUGUCCCAUCUGCGAGUCCCCAUGGGUGAUGCCUGUGUGUUGGCUCAGUGUGUGGUGCCCGUCACCUUUCGGAAGCUGAUGUUUAUUUUCUUAGAAAGACGUUCAGCAGCGAGAACUCGCAGAUGGGACCAGCAGGCAGAGUUAGGCCAAGCUUGUCACACUGUCACUUUGAAACUCUGUGAUGAAAAGAACCCAUCUAAGAGGAUAGUAGAUUUGGCUGCGACUUCCUCUUGCCUGACAGGUCAGGCUUCCAAUACAGUGCCUGUGUUGUGCUAGAUAGGAUUGUUUUUUUGUUUUUUUUUUAAUAAACGGGUGAAACUAACUUCAUGAAUACCCUGAGAGGCUGGCAGACGGUUCUGACCAUGACGUGUCUCACCGAGUGCGGCUGGAUUGAGCACUGCAUCCCAUUGUCGCCGCAAGACGCACCCGGUUAGUUACCUGUGUCAGAAAUCGGAUAGCUGCGCAUAUUCUGUAGCGAGACUGCCCUCGAAUACCAGUGCGAAAAUGCUUCUGCAGAUGAGACUGUUUGCCAGCAGCUAAGCCAUGUUCUAGAUAGAUGGGGGUGAAGGGUUUUUUAAACAUUUUUGUUUGUGAAAACAGAAUUCGAGACGCACAAUUGUGGUUCAUUUUUAUUUAAAUGUUUAAGGACAGCACUGGCUGGCAACUCAUGUAUCUUGUAAAACGCUUGGAUUGGCUAGAGAAAAUUAGAAUGGUACCUAUGCUUUAGCUCUAGUAAUUUGCUUCCUUUACGAAACUAGCCUUCGUUGCUGUACUACACUAAUGGGUGAUGCCAAAUGCUCUGCUAUAGGUGUAACUAGUACUGAAGUCUUGAGCUGAGUUGUGUGUUUUUGUUUAAUUUGGACGACACAUUCUCAAUCGCCUUUCGGGCUUCACCAUGGACUGGAGUCAAAGCAGGAAUGUUUGGUCUCUAAAGAGAGGCCUGUUACUCUUGUUCACAAUGCUUGCCUGUCUGAUUGCUCCACAGUUAUUGUCCUACCACUGACAGGUGUGCGGUUGGAGGGAGGAGCUAACUUCAUUUCCGAAGAUGUUAGUGGGCCAGGGAAGAAAUGAUCCCCUCUGAUUGUUCCUUUUGAGUUUGUGGUCUUGUCUAAGGCCAGCAAUCUUCUCUCCUUGCUUUGGUUCAAACAGCUAUUAAUAGUAAUGCACAAAUACAAAACGUGGUGGUUUUUUUUUUUCUUUUUCCCGAGAGCUGGGGUGUAUUCUUAUGCAAUUUGGAAGAGAGGCUGAUUCUCGCGACACAGCAGUGGGUUAUGCUAGGGUUCCUACAAUAAUGGUGUUUGGAAGAGGGUCCGAAACCCACAUAAAAGGGGGAAUCUCUAGAAGCAUGGGCCCUGGUACCACAUAAACUGCAUAAUUAGGGCUAUGCACUGCAUUUUUUUUUUUUUAAAUAAGGCUGUUCUUGGGUGUCCUGCUUUCGCAUGAUAGCGUGUGUCCUUAAUGGAUUUCUGUGCAAUUAGGAGCCAAAAUGUUAAAUGGGCAAAUAUUAGCUUGAGCCUUGUUUCUUUCCUUGAUGUUGUCUCUUUCAGGUCUGCAUCGAGCGGGUUUAGCAUUCUGGUUAUACCCUGCGUUAGUGGCUUUUCAGGGGUCAGAACACUUUUUGAGUCCCAGUGACAGCCAGCUCUGAGAGGUAUCUGCUGGUAGCUGCCUGACCUCAGACUAAAGUCCCACUGGCCCUAGCUCCCAGUGCAAAGCCGGUUUUUAAACUCUUUUUCAUGCUGCCAUCCAGAAAGGCAGACAGGUUUUAUAAAUGAUCCUCUUUAAUAUACAUCUAUCCAGCAGUCAUCAGCUACAGAUGGGGGUGGGCGGGUGGGUGGGCCGGCCGGGAGUAGGGAAGUACAAAGUUAAAUUUUCAGUGAGUGUUAGUGUGGAAAAAUAGUCUUAUUUCUCCCAAUAUGGGGUACAACACUGUGAAAUUCAAUCUGCAAUGGAAGACCCUGCAAUUCCCUAAUAGAACCGUUCAAACCUUGCUUUCUUUAACCAAGUUUAAGCUAGUGUAAAAAUAAAAUCUUAAAAAAAAAAUUUAAAGCUUGUCUGUAUUCUUCAGCCUUGUUUUAUGGCCAUUUGACACAUAGUUGUCUGUAAUGCAUACUUUUGAUACCAUUUCUAAUGUGUAAAAUCGGUCGUCUUGUAAAUAUCUUAUAAAAAAAAAAGUUCCGUUGUAAAUAAAAUCUAUUGUGGCUGUUAA